ACACGGUCAAUUUAAUUAUUACGGUCUUCCCGAGUAUGAUCGAUCAUACAUUUCUCCGUAAUUGAGAAGCAUCAAACUGGAGAAAACAACACGUAAAACUUCUCAGCUGCUAAGUGUUAACCAGAAUAUCAGAGGAGAGAGAAACUGAGAAAGUGAAGAUGAAGAAAGACAAAGGAGUUGCAUUUCCUGCGCCGAGUUCCAAUGGCAGUCAAGAACCAGAUGAUAAUAACAAUGAUUUUCCCGACGAUGCCAAUCCUCGCCCUUUUCGAUUCGCCGCUCGUAACGCUUCUUCCAAAUACGACUUCGUCAAGGUUAAAGUUUGGCUUGGUGAUAAUGCUGAUCAUUACUAUGUUUUAUCGAGAUUUUUGCUUAGCAGAAUGUUGACUGUUACCAAGAUUCCUAAUCACGUGGCGAUCAAGAUUGCUCUGGAACUUAAAAAGCUGCUUAUCGACAACAGCCUGCUUGAUGUCUCUCAGAAUGACCUGGAGGCCAAUCUAUUUAAGCUUAUGGAACGUAGGGGCUAUGGUGAAGAGUACAUCAAUCGUUAUAAGAUGAUGACCAGGUUUCACCAUCAGCGGGUGCCACUGGUCAUUCUUGUCUGUGGAACUGCUUGUACUGGGAAGUCCACCAUUGCUACACAACUUGCACAAAGAUUAAAUUUACCAAAUGUUUUACAGACUGACAUGGUCUACGAAUUGCUUCGCACAUCAACAGAGGCUCCGUUGACAUCUACUCCUGUAUGGGCAAGGGAAAUUGAUUCUUCUGACGAGUUCAUUACAGAAUUUUGCAGAGAAUGUAGGAUUGUUCGUAAAGGUUUGGCUGGAGAUCUCAAGAAAGCAAUGAAAGAUGGAAAACCUAUUAUAAUUGAGGGAGUACAUUUAGAUCCUAGUAUUUACUUAAUGGAUGAUGAUAAUAAAUUGUCCAUGAAAACACAACCAAAAGUUGAAGAGACAAAGGUUGCAUCUGAUCCAUCAGCUGAUAAUCCUGCCUGCCAAUUACAAAACCAACCUGCUGAUAAUGGCGAUAUUGAUUCUGGAAGUAGAAGCCUCUGUGCUGAGAAUACAAGUUCUGAGGAACCAGUAUCCUCUGACCAGAUGCAUGAAGCUCUAAGCUCUCUUGCUUCUGUUAAUAUUGAAGAUAGAGCCUCUGUUGAUAAAGUUGAGACUCUCAAAGAAUCGAAGAUUGAUGAAAACCCUCAAACAAAGAAAGAGAGAUCUGGGGCUGAACCAAUUAUUGUACCUAUUGUUCUUAAAAUGGCUGAAUUUGACCAUGAGGCAUUACUCGAGGAAUGGAUCCCAACUCGUACAUUCAGUGAUAACAGUGUUGUGAAGGAUAAAGAUAAGCUAAUGAAGAAUUUAAAGAUUAUUCAAGACUACCUUUGCUCAUUUGAGUCUCAGGGUCUAACUGUAGUGAAUAUAUCUGCGACAACUUUCCCCCAAACCUUGGAUUGGCUGCACAGCUAUCUUCUUCAGUGCAUUGAACAAGGUACGUCUUCUGUGUCCACCCCCAAACAACAAGCCAAGAGCUAGAAUGGAUGCACGUGUCUAUAGUGUUACCCGGUGAUGCUAUUAUGGUCUUGAUGCCAUUACUGACCAAGCAAACAGAUUGAAAUUGAGUCAUCAAGGAUGAUUUGAACAUCAGACAGGGGCGGUUGUAUACUUUCUUGUAUUAAUUAUCCAUAAUAAGAUGAUUAAGAUCCUGAAGGAAAUAAGGGUUUUUGUCCAAAUAAUCCCUGUUAAAGGGUCUCUUAGAUGUAUCAAAGCGAGUGAUAAGAUACAGAUAUUAUGUAUUGUAGAAUUUCCUCAAUAAGAUGCUAAUUUAUUUUGUAAUAUGUAAGCUCUAGCUGUUAUGUUCAGAAGAUAUUUUAUGUUGUAAAAUGUAACUCUCUCAAACUUAUAUGAUCAGGAGAUGUUAAUCUUAUGCCGAC